AUGAAUCUCGAAUAUUUCAUGCAGCUUAAGCAGUAUUCCACUGACAGACAACGGAGAUGGUUACAACAACGCUCUCUUCUUGCAAAUCCGCUUCAUUGCCGUGGAUGCAACACGAACAUGACUCUAGUUGAAAGGUCCAGGGACCACAUAGAUGGCUAUCAAUGGUAGGAAUUGUAUAUUUAACCCUUAUUAAGAUAUUUAUUACCCUAUUUGCACAAAAUAUGUUGUUUUAAUGACACCUGAGAGCAACGAAUCUCACAUUUGGCAUGGAUUAAAUCCCUGGUAGCAGAGAUCUCUCACGACGAGGCAAAAAUGAGAGACCUCUGCUAACAGGGAAUGCGCGCGACAUAUCGCAUAUUUCAAUUAAUAUGCUGUUUGUAUUCGAUCACAUGAAUAAUGAACUACGUCGAACAUUUUUUAAGCAUCCUGCGCAUUCUUUAUUAGGUUACGGGUUUUAAAUGAAAGAAAAUUUAAAAAGUACAACCCGUGGUGUCAUAGUCCUUUUGUUUCAAAGCAACACGAGCAAUCGCGAUCAGCUUUGGUCGAAGAAUGUCGAGAAUGUUAAGCAAGCAGUUUUCAAAGAAUCGUUAGCCAUCGUGAUGAUAAAAAAGAAAUGUAUUUGAGUUCUAUGAUGUUUCUGUCUGAUGUGGAAAAAAAUUCAAGCAAGCGAUCAUUCAGUCAAAUCAUUCAGGGGCACCCAACGGCAAUUUUCGGGAAAAUAUCUGUUCGGAAGACGAUUUGAGAACUAGAAUUUUCAGAACAUUUGUUGUAAAAUUUCUUGCUUGCCUGCCUCUCCUAGGAUUUUCCAACAUCUACGAAAUGGUAUAAUUACCCAUUUUAAAUGGAUAUUUACCCUAAACAAAGGCCACCUAGAAUUUUAGGGAGCCUUUUCCUGGCUGAAAUUUUCGAAAAGGUAAGUUUUGAUCCCUAUAAUUUUCGGCCCACUAGACUUUCAGCUAGGAAAUCCGAACAGAUGAAAAUUUCUUAGGGGAUAAAAAUAUGCUUAUAUCUACCGUUUAAAUACUAAAAUACGUUCAACAAUGCUAUGUUAAGUGGUUUUGAACUAUAUCCUCGUUGGGUGCCCCUGAUCAUUGCUAUCAAUUGAUCUACACUUUUGGCGAUAAAAUUAAAGAAACCAACGAAAAGUGUAUUCCCAUCUGUCUAUUUUGCUUUCAGAGAUACAAAAGAAAAUACAACAUGGGGAAAUUGAAAACAUGAAUUUAAUUAAUUUUCUUCAGGUUAUUUCUUCAGCUUUUUAGAAGUUCUUUACUCGAUCGAUAUGUGUAUACACGUGGCAGGAAACUCGAUCGAAUACUUUUCGCAGAGGCGAGGGAGGCUAAAUAAAAAGAAUUAACAAACGAAAAAAGGAAGUGAGCAAUGUUCUCUCUCGGUUUGACAUUAUUCCUUGAGCCUAUUUUUUUCAUGAAGAUUCAAAGAAGAUUAUUUUUAGUUGUGCGAAAGCGCUUUGUCAAAUGAGCUGCUUUCAGGUAAACGAAGAGAUUUUUCGUUCACAAGUUUUUUUUCCCUGUCACUUUUCAAGGAAGCCUCGAUGUCGAUGUCGUGCGAGCCUCAUUAUGCCGGCUCGCACCCAAACAUAUGCAACACGCCCGGGUUAUUUGCCAACCGAACAAUAUUGCAACCUCUCUCAGCCUAAAAAGUGCCGCCUAAAAGUCACCAGUAAUCAACGUUGUUCCUUUCAUAGGAGAUGUACAGUGUGCCGGAAAAAGAGGAGUCUGCGCACCAACAGUUUCUUUGAGAAAUAUCCCAAAGUACCCCUUGGUGAUUUGAUCUUGCUUAUCUACUUUUGGUCUCAAGAUGAACAACGCAGAAGGGCAGCCAGGAUGCUGUCUUUGAACGAAAACCUGGUAUGCAGGGUUUUUAGGAGUCUGGAAGACAUCUGUUCAGCUGACAUUGAAUGA